GCGGGAAAGAGACGGAGCGCGCGCGCAGAUCCAGGCAGACCUACUCAGUUCCUGAUAAGGACAGAGGGACCUUGACAACCUCAGCGGCCCAGAUUUUUCAAGAGAGGGAUAAAAUGAGUAAGAGGAAAAAGCUUCGGACUUCAGGAGGAGAAGGAGUCCGUCCUAUGAAGGCCCCAAAGAACCCAAGGCUAGGAGACUCUGACGCCCCCCCCCAGAAUUCUGAGUGGGGCUCUUUGUGUCUCCGUGAGGAGUCAGAAGGCAGAUUAGAACCCAUGCCCUCUGCAGAGCGGAGGACAGAAGAACCAGUACAGACAGUCUCCAGCUCCCAUGAUGAGGAAGCAGGAGCUCCCUUGAGGCUCCUCGGGCAACCGGAAGAGGAGCCAGUUCCCGCUCUUUUUUCCCAGAAUUCAGCCAGGAGGUUUGUCCCCCCGUUUGCAAAACCCAGGAAGACAGUGACAAGACAAACAGAGCUGAGGGAAGAGGACCUUGGGGGUGGAGCCCCUAAAAUCAGUCAGGAAACACCACCAGAGCCCAGCGCCCAGCAGGCCAGAAGCCAGCUGUGGGAGGAGUCCCUAGGGCUUGCUCCCUGGGAGGCCAGGGAGCUGGGUGCCCAGACCCAGGUAGACAGCACCCACCCUGAAUACGGAGACCAAAACCCCAUGACACAUGUGCCUGGCAAUGGGAAUCCUCAGCCCUCAGCCUCCAUUGAUGCCUCUCCAGAAUGGGGGACAGUGCCCUUGGCCUCUGAGACGGCCAGCCAGGACCACCUUUCGGAGCAAGGAACCAACACACCAGAUGGUGAAAGCAGGGAAGGGUGUUGGGUUCUAGGCUAUCAUGGCCAGAAAGGGCUCCUGCUGAGCAGUGAUGCUGAAGAGGAGUCAGACCAAGGAGCACUUCAGGAAACAGGUGCCAAAGGGGGAGCAGGGGCUGACCUGCCUGAGAGGCAUCAGGAGGAAGGAGACGGCGUCCUAGGUCCCAUCACUCAGGAUCCAGAGCCCAGAUCUGCAGCCCAGGGCCUCUCUGACCCCAUGCAGAUACCCAGCAAGACUAGCAGGGAAGCAGAACAGAGUUGUAGCAGCCCAAGACACUCCUACCUUGAGACCAUUGUCAUCACAGAUGUGAGCACAGACCCCACCGAGCCAGAACAGAGGGCUCCAGAGGUGGUCAGGCCAGAUGAACAGGACAGCACCAGAGCAUCUACCUGUCCCAGGGGGAAGGCCCCUGAUGGAGGCUGCAGUGGAAGCCUGCUCAGCUAUGUACCUCUCGCUGGGGAGACAGGACAUAGAGGGGAGGCAGGGUGGGAAGACAAGCGCCCUGGAAACACCCCGGGGGGCCCUGCAGCCUCCCUGGCUCUGGAUCACGGGGUAAGAGAGCCCAUAAUAGGUGCUGGAGAUUCCAGUCUUCUAGCCUCGGAAAUGGGUCCAGGUGUUGAUCAGACAGAGGGGCUCGGAGGUGUGUGUGCACUGCCUUUGCUGUUGCAGCCCACAAGUAAAAAAGCCACUGAGUUAGGUCGCCAGAGCCCUGAACAAGACCUUGAGGGGUUCAGUCUGUCUCUUGGAGCCCUUGCUCCACCAGUGUGCAGAGAAGCUGUGGGUGGCUCUUCCCAGGAGACCAGGACCUGCCAGGACAGCAUAGAUGCCCCCGCGGACCCCACAGGCUGGUCUGAGCCCCCUCCUGGCUCUGCAGACCAGGCUGUGCUGGGGGAGUCCCCGGCCAUGGAACCUGACUUCCUGCCGGACAGCCAGAUACGGGAUGCCCUGGAAGCCCCUGACUUUGAAGCCUCACCUGCGCAGUUGUUUCCUAUGGGGACCAGGCUGCGCUCUUGGCCUGGCACAAGCCCACAUGCUGAUGGAGGCCUUCUCACAGAACUCCAGCUGAGGACCUGUGUAGGGAUCAAGGCCUGUGAAGCCGCCAGGAUGGAGGAUGCAACAGACACCGUGCGCGGUCUUGUUGUUGAGCUCUCCAACCUGAACCGGCUGAUCAUGAGCGCCCACCGGGACCUGGAGGCCUUCAAGCGCCUCAGCUACCGGAAGGCGAGGCUGGCAGGGAAAGCCCCAGCACCCUACACAUCAAAGAGGGCUGGGAAUCUCCCUCCAGGGCGGGGAUCCUGGAGGGAUUUGUAGAUUACUUCCAGACCACCUCAGGAGCACCCUGUGUGCACGCAUGUGCACAAACUCACAGCGCCUGUGUGUGUUUGCUCUGCGCUGGCCCCCAGAGGUGCUGCCGCCAAACAGCUGGGAACAAUCCCUCAGCAGACCCUGGAAAGCCUGCAGGGCCCUGUAUGCCCCCUGGUUUAUCCUGUAAGAUGCUCAAGCAGGUCCUAGUGGGCCCCAGAAGCCUCCCCUCAGACGACCCGGAAGUCGGCUUCCCAAGGGAAACAAAAGAGGCCAGGCCCAUGUCAGCAGCCUCCCUUGGGAGUCGGUAAGGGACGGAACUUGCUCCACCCCCGCCCCGGAGUUACAGCAGAGGCCACAGGCAGUCAGCAGGAGGCUGGCUGUGCCCCCAACCCUCCGGAAGCCAGCUGCUUCUGAACAGAGCCCAGAGCCACCCAGAUGUUUAUCUGGAUUUGCAAAUUUCAUUCUUUAGCUCAGGUUAUGGGAGGUUCAGAAUUUCUUUCUUUCCUGGAGGUACUUUUGUUUUUCUCCGGAUUUCCAUUUUAUUUUUUCUGGUUACACCAUUAAUAAAUGAUUCCCUAGUGUGGA